AUUGCGAGUUUAUUAACCUUCACAAAUUGAAUCUUGUCUGAUUCUGCAGUUCCUUUGUUUAACUGCUCCUAGUUUUUUGAGGGAGCAGCUGUGACUAGGGUUCCUGAAAUGGCUUCUACGGAUCGGAAGCAAGGUAGUGGAUUUUUGGCGUCUAUCGCUGCCAGUCUGACGAAUUUCGGUUCCGCCAUGACCAAAUCAGUCAACGGGUUACUGGGUCAUGAAGGCCUGGAAGUUGUUAAUCCGGAAGGAGGCACUGAAGAUUCUGAAGAAGAAGCAAAAAGAGGCAGAUGGAGACAGGAGGAUCAGGAUGGUUAUUGGAAAAUGAUGCAAAAGUAUAUAGGCGCUGAUGUCACAUCAUUGGUGACACUUCCGGUACUUAUUUUUGAGCCAAUGUCCAUGCUGCAGAAAAUGGCGGAGCUUAUGGAAUACUCCUAUCUGUUAGAUCUGGCAGAUGAAUGUGAGGAUCCCUACAUGCGAUUGGUGUAUGCAACAUCAUGGUUUAUUUCUGUCUAUUAUGCAAUCCAAAGAACCUGGAAGCCAUUUAAUCCAAUCCUUGGUGAGACUUACGAAAUGGUUAAUCACGGCGGCAUUACAUUUAUAGCAGAACAGGUUAGUCAUCACCCUCCAAUAAGUGCUGGGCAUGCUGAGAAUGAACAUUUCAUUUAUGACAUAACUUCGAAGGUGAAAACCAAAUUUUUAGGGAACUCACUUGACAUCUAUCCUCUUGGAAGGACACGAGUAACACUCAAAAGAGAUGGUGUAGUCCUAGGUUUGGUACCUCCUCCAACAAAAGUCAACAACUUAAUCUUUGGGCGAACUUGGGUUGACUCACCAGGGGAGAUGAUCUUGACGAAUUUUACCACUGGAGACAAAGUUGUGCUGUAUUUUCAACCAUGUGGCUGGUUUGGAGCUGGUCGCUACGAAGUGGAUGGAUAUGUAUAUAAUGCUGCUGAGGAACCCAAGAUUCUGAUGACUGGAAAGUGGAAUGAGUCAAUGAGUUAUCAACCCUGUGACCUGGAAGGGGAGCCGCUUCCUGGCACUGAACUGAAAGAGGCUUGGAGAGUUGCUGAUGCUCCGGAAAAUGACAAAUUCCAGUAUACACAUUUUGCACACAAGUUAAACAGCUUUGACACUGCUCCCAAUAAGGUAUUGAAAUCAGAUUCUCGUCUGCGUCCUGAUAGAUAUGCACUCGAGAAGGGUGACCUAUCACAAGCUGGUUUUGAAAAGAGCAGACUGGAGGAGAGGCAAAGGAGUGAAAAGAGAAACAGAGAGGCUAAUGGGCAUGAGUUCACUCCAAGAUGGUUUGACCUUACCAGUGAAAUCAGUCCUACACCUUGGGGUGACUUGGAAGUAUACAGUUUCAAUGGCAAAUACGCUGAACACCGGGCUGCUGCUGUUGAUAGCGUCCAUGAGACUGACAUUACAUCAACAGAGUUCAACCCCUGGCAGUACCAAAAUUUGGCCAAUCAAUGAAUGAUAUAUUUUAUUAUAUGUAUUCUUCCCCUUGUGUGUUUAGCGGCUGCUAAUAUUGUCGCUGAAAUUUCAAAAUUUUA